CGGUCAUCAUUGAUGAUGAGAGGAAAGUUGUGUAAAGUUCUCACCCCUCUGAAGUAUGGCUCCGUCAUCUUGUUCAUGGUUUUUAGCGUCUUAAUCAUCUUGCUCCAUAAUAGAACCAUUGAUUUCAUGUCUGUUGAUUUAACAAAGAAUAAAAUGAGUGCUACAGUUGAUCCAAAGCUUUCCACUGAGCUUCCUAAGCUAUUCAACAUCUGUUCAUUCAAUUCACUUUCACCCAAGGAGGACUAUAUCCUAGAUGGCCUAAAAGAUGCUAUGUACUGGCCUGAAACCCCAACAUUGAAAUCAAACUUUUCCCUGAAUGACACAAGUGAUCCUGAUCAUAGCACCUUCACCAUCCUCCCACGGAGCAAGGGUGGGAAUUGGCAAGUGGGGGAUCAGCUGAGGGUUUUGAUAAGAAUCUGUGACUUUCAUGGUCAUACCAAGAGAACCGGAGGGGAUGUUCUAUUUGCUCGGCUGCACAACUCGACUCUUCAUGCAGGGGUGGCAGGGCAUAUGGUGGAUCAUCUCAACGGGUUCUACUUCGCUGUAUUCCCUUUACUUUGGGAAGGAAGUGCACAAGUUGAGGUGACGCUGGUUCACCCCAGCGAGGCAGUCACAGUGCUGCAUAAGCUGACCCAGGAGCAGCCUGACAGAAUCUAUUUUCAAAGUCAUUUCAAGUUGGGCUCAAUAAGUGAAACUACCACCUGCAAUGUCUGUCUUAAUUCAAACCAACAAAAACUGUGUAACUACACUGACAUUAAGACAGGGGAGCCGUGGUUUUGCUAUAAGCCAAAGAUUUUAGGCUGCGACAACAGGAUGACCCACUCCAAAGGACGAUUCAGACAAAACAUAAACCCAAUGGAGGAGAAGCUGUUUCAAAGUGGUGUCAAUAUGAAAGUCCCCAUUCCAUCUUCAGGACCUGCUUACAUCACUGUUUUGCCAAAACUAAAAGAAGAAAACCGAAGCACUGUUGAGACAAGACCCUCUGGUUAUUAUUAUCAAGGUGCAUGGCAAGCACUAGAUGGCACCAGAGUUCAUCAGUUUAACUCCACAGCAAUCAGCUUGUGUCUGAAAGGCAAAAGCAUUCACAUCUAUGGGGAUUCCACUGUUAGGCAGUGGUAUGAGUAUCUAAUGCAGUCUUUGCCAGAUCUCAAGGAGUUUGACCUGCAAAGUUCAAAGCAAAGUGGCCCUUUAUUGGCUUUGGAUUAUGUGAACAACAUUUUGGUGACCUUCCGCAGCCACGGUCCUCCCAUCCGUUUUGGCAGCUCGCUUGUUAGUCAGCUACAAUACAUUGCCAAUGAGCUGGAUCGCCUCCCUGGGGGUGAAAACACUGUUGUAGUUAUUGGCAUUUGGGCUCACUUCAGCACUUUCCCUAUUGAGGUUUACGUUAGACGUCUGCUGAACAUUCGGGAAGCAGUGGUGAGACUCUUGACUAGAGCUCCAGGUACGUUGGUCUUCCUCAGGACUGCAAACCCCAAAGAGAUGACCCUCUAUGAGGCUUUGACGAACAGCGACUGGUUUUCCCUACAACGCGACAAGGCUCUAAGAGAAAUUUUUAAAGGAGUUAACGUCAAACUAGUAGAUGCUUGGGAUAUGGUACUGGCCCAUCACCUUCCACACAAACUCCAUCCACAGUCUGACAUAAUCAAGAAUAUGCUUGAUGUUCUUUUAUCUUAUGUAUGUCCUCUACCUGGAAAUUAUACAAGAUCCUAAAGAUUAGCAUUGGGAAAAUACAAAACUAAUGGAGCUAAUGAUGAAUGAUUGCACCUAUAGUACUUCUACCUCAUGGCAACAAAAAGUUGGACUUUUCUUUACUAGAUUUGCACGGAAAGGGUAUGCAGUCAGUGUUUUCAUCGGUGGUUAAAAUCGUCUCAACCUGGACUUGCCAUUAAAAAUGACAGAAUAACAUUUUUUUCUUGCUGUCUUUUUUUUUAUUUAGGUUCUGUAGCGUUUUCUUCAUUGGUUAAUUUAUCCCUAUAUAGGAAGACGCAUUGCAAAGGCUUACAGAAAAGGAAAUAAAUCUAAAGAGCAAUGGAGCACUAAUUUUAAAAUCAAAUAAAAAAGGUUUAC